CUCGACCGCAGAGCAGACCCUUCUUUGCCUUUUGCCUCUGCCCCAAAUUCAACUUCAACUUCGAUUGAUUUCACUUUCACACUCACAUUCACACCCUCCCUUUCUCAGAAAAUACCCGAAUUGAGUAUUCUCUCCAUUUGCAAUCCUCUUUCUCUACCAGUCUCAAUCGACCAGACAACUCGAACCCUCAACACGAUGGAACGCGGCUGUUAUAACUGUGGCGACUCGUCUCACCAGGCUCGCGAUUGCCCUAAGAAAGGCACGCCGACCUGCUACAACUGCGGAGCCGAAGGCCACGUCAGCCGAGAAUGCACCGCUGCGCCGAAGCCCAAGUCUUGCUACAAAUGCGGCAAUGAGGGACAUCUUGCUCGUGACUGCCAGGCCGCUCCUGCUGGUGGCGCCGGUGGCGGUUGGGGCAAUGUAGGCGGCAACGCUUACGGCGGGGGUUCUGCUCGAGAAUGCUAUCGAUGCGGCGGGCAAGGUCACAUCGCACGUGAUUGCACCUCUGGCGGUCAAGGCGGGUAUGGCGGAGGCUACAGCCGUGGCGGCGGGGGUCAGACCUGCUAUUCGUGCGGCGGGGUUGGUCAUAUGUCACGCGACUGCACCCAAGGUCGAGCUCAAAAAUGCUACAACUGUGGUGAACAAGGCCAUCUUUCGAGAGACUGCCCUUCUGAGGCGAGCUCUGAGCGCAUCUGCUACAAAUGCAAGCAACCGGGACAUUUGCAGUCUGCAUGCCCAAACUAGAGGAUGCACCACGGGGUGGUUGAAUUCCGACGCGUUCACGUUUAGUUCGCAAUGCCCUUGCUUGCGUCACCACUCGUCCAACAGUUACUGUACGAAUCAUGAUGCCACCAGAAUAACAGAUGCCGCGGUUCUGGAGGAUUUCUGGUUGCUGAAGGGGCAAGCAAUAUGAGUGCUUUGGCCCAACGAUACGUGAACAACAAAGCAGCGUCUGCUUAAUGGUCCACGCAAGCAGUGCCAGACCUCUUCACAAUAUCGACACGGGACGGGUGCAUUCAUGGUUUUGUCGCAGAAGUCGCUGAGUGGCGGAGAAUACGGAGCACAGCACCACGGCGGGCAUGAUGGCUGCUAGGCUGGUGGCAUAAAAGUUCAUUUAUUUAGUGCGCGUGGUACAAUGUACCCGGCGCCUGGCUUUUCAGACACCAGCCAAGCGAACGCGUCUUGCUGAUGUUGCUCAAACAUGCCUCUGCACUGAUGUGGGUGCAGGCGAAAGGGCCACCCUCGCAAACAGGCCUGUCUAAAGCCAUAAAACAAAAGAUUUGCGCUUCGACA